CCAUCCCUCUGAACCUCCACGAGAUCUACGAUUUUUUUGAAAGACGCGACUUCAUGACAGAGGAGUGACAUGGUACACAAAAGUCACACCAGGCUGGCACAGCUCAUUGACAGGAGCUGCAGUGAGAUGAACUGCACUUUCUGUCCUGCAAGGGCAGCUGGUCAAUGCUCUCCCUGAGUUACUUCUCCUGGCAGUGAUUUGUUAGAGUUUUUGACAGUGAGGAAAACAGACUGUGGAUGAGCACAGGCUGGGACACAGCACCAUGCUGGUGCUGCCUUUUACAGCAGUGGCCCUUCCUCCCCUCUGCUCUCAUGAGGGAUAUGGGGUUCAUGGCCUUGUCAAGCUAGAAGGAAAAAUCUGCUUUACACAACCCUUGCUCAGAGUUCUGAUUCCUUCUCCCAGAAAGCAGUCAGGAAUGAUUUCAAAAGGAUCAGAAGUCCCACCUGUAAGUGUGACACAGCCACUUAAAGCGGUGGGUAUUCUGCCAGCCUGGGAGCAAAGAGCCUGGAGCUGAGACCCUGAGGGAGUGUGAGCUCAUCUCUGCUCCUUGCUACCACAGGAGAGGACCCACCAGCUUCACAUGGAUUUUGCUGGCCUUGACUCAAAGUGCUUUCGAGAGUAAGGCUUCAUGCUUUGGGGACUUUUACCCUUUCCCUCAAGGCCAGGUAAAGUGGUCAUGACUUAGACGUCUGGACACAGACCUGCAGGGAGAUGAGGGAUGGAUUCUCUUUGGAAACCAGCAGAACAUUUAAUUUUGGCAAUGGGGUGCCUCAUCUGAGCACCGCAAGACCAAGUAAGCAGUCAGGAUACCAUACGCAGAGAUUGCAGGACCUUUUCUCUGACUUACCAAGAAAACAAGGGCAAAGAAAGGGAAUUUUCCACCUCUCCUAGGGGGCUCCUGCUGAGCAUCCUCCUCUGUCUUCACAGCUCCUUAGGAGACAAUCUAUUCCUAACCACUGUUGUUCUUAACUGUAGCACACUUACAUAUCUCAUGUACAGCAUUUAAAUACAUUGUACAGUUUAAUCUAUUUUUUUAUGUGUAUAUAAAAGCUUGUUUUUAUGAGACAUGGUGCUAACAGAUAAGACAUGGCAAGGUGAACCUCUACAUGUAAUUUUCCUUCCUGGAAACUUGGAGCAGAUGACAAGUACUUUCUGUUCCUUGCGUUCCUCACCAGGACGAACACCCAUCCUCCCUUCAGCAGGCUCUCCAUGCUGGGAGCCUACAGAUGAAGUCACCUCCCUAAGAAUCAUCCUGAGCUACAAGGAAGAAACAAAAUAGAAGAACCAGAAAUACUAUUUGCAGGGUCGGUGGUUUGGGGAAUGAGCAAGUUUUUGUUCACACAUUCUAAUUGUGGUACAUUGCUGGAAAAGAAAAACAAAUCUCUGUAAGACUUUAGGUGUCUGCAACAAUUUCAUCAAAACUCAGAGGCAAUGCCUUGAGAGGUGGCACUGAAUUCUGCUGAUGAGAGAGAACAUCCUGGUGAAGCAGAAAGGAAGAAAUGAACGUGAACCACUGGGUUUUUCAAGCAGUAGCUGCAGAACAAUCUUCUGCCUGAUUUAUUCCCAAGCUUUCACUGACUUUAAAAUGUGACUGAAGCUCAGGCAUGGUGUGCAGUUCUCAGAAAUGAAGAUGCUGUGCAACUAAAGCAGAGGAGCAUGAGAUUUGACUGACAAGGAAGGAAGAGGCCUGUAAUCCACCAAAAGUCUAUGUAAAGAUGAACAGAGCAAGAACUGUCUGAAUAUAUGCACUUAAAGAUACACUCACAAAAUUUAAAUAAGUGGUGGGGUUAAUGAGUGGAUCUCAUACUUCUGCCUGCCUUGUGUUUAAAGUAAUUAAUCAAGAGCUGAUGUUGCCCGGUCCCCGGAGAAAGGGAAGGGAUCAGACAGAGAUGCUGCAGCAGUGUGCAUGCAGACACCCACCCAGGUAGGCUGGUAGGGAGGUCUCCACAUGCUCAGAACGUGGAAAAAGGCAGAGCUUGGAAAGAGCAGCCAGAACACAUGGCUUUUAUCACCAGUUAUGCUGGGUAUACAGGGGUGCUGCAAAUGGAGCCAAGAAAUUUUUCCCACCAUUUUUCCCACCUCUGUCCUUUGCUAAGACUCAAGGUUUGAUCUUUAUCAAGAAGUGUUUGCUCUAGCAGCACACAGAUUUCAGGGUAUUGGAAGAUUACAGUGUUUCUGGCAGAAAAUAAGAUGGUUAAAGUCGACACGAACAUUUCCUAUAUAUCAACUGGGUUUGCAAUUCUUUUUAAAAUCAAGUGCAGUUCCUUUUGUGAUCACUAAGUGGUGUCAGCUAUAAGGACAGCGUCUGCAAGCUCCUGGGAAGUUCUCCUAUUAACUGUUGUUUUAAAAUUGUAGCAGAACUAAGAGGAGGACAUCAGCAAAGACUGUAAUGAAUCUUUUCAGAGGUCAUUUGCACCCUGCUAAGAGACUCUGCUCCAAAAGGACAUGCCGCAAAUCUUCAAUGGGUUGUGGGUUUUGGGGGGUUUUCUUUUCAGUUUUGAAAGUUCUGAGAGGCUGACAAUCAGAAAUUAAAUAUUUGCUUGUGAAUCUCCACUUCAAGGCUGGCAGUUUACUGUCUGACUUGUUCCUGAGUCUUGGUCCAGAGUCUAUUGGAGCUGCUUAAUAACUGUAAAAGGUCUGGCAAACCCCACAAGAACCAUUUUUACGUUGAUUUCACAUUUUUAUCAGGCCAGAAUGCCCUUCCAGAAAUUUUGCAUGAAAAUGCAACUAUGAAAAUAAGGAAAGGAAAACAAGAUACCUCAAAUGAAAAAGACAAUAGUAUGAAGCAAAUGCAGUUUUGAAGACUGAUAGGAAUCAAUUAUUGAACCUACUCAAAAGCACAUCCAAAAUGUUUCUUAAGAGGCAUAUUGAUACCUGAGCUGUUUCUGUGUUCAGACUAAUUACCUCUUGGGAAGAGAAAAGGAACUGUAAGUGUGUAAGCACGUCUGAGAAUUUUUUGUGUAAAGUUAUGACUUGGGCCCACUGGCUUCCCCCAAACUAUUUGCAUGAUUCAAGGCUGAUCUGUGCAGCCAUUCGACUGAAAGAAAACAUUUUAAUUGCAAUCGUAGUCAUUUGGAGUAGUAAGAACUUGCAAAAAUGUAAGCCACCUCAUCAGGAAGCAGAAAUACGAAACACAGUUUACCAGUAGAAGUUUGAUUAGCAAAUGAGGUGUCACUGGCUGGCUGCCCCACUGUGCGGUGUGUGAGCCACCCGUGGGCUGAGGGUUUGGCUGGUUUCGGCAAUAUGAUCACAACCCACAGAAAAAAGGGAAACACAGGAGUAACAAUGACAAAGCAAAAAUGCACAAAAACAAUGGCUCAAACCAGCUGUGUCACCUAUUUUAAUGUCAUCUCAAGUGAAGGUGGAGAGGAAGGCGUGUGCUUGUGGGACAGCAGCCCUGUCUUUCCUAGGGACAGGCCUGGGGAGGGAUCAUGGACCUCUGGAGAUGGGGGCAACCUCAAUGGAAGAAAGGGGAGACCAAAGCUCUGCUUUUUCUCUGAGGCAACAUAUGACCUAGGUCCUGGGUCUGGCCCUUGGCUUGCUCUGGUCUCCUUAACUUAGAAAAAGAGUUGUGUUACAGCACCAGCAGCAGCUCCUGGGUGUCCACUGACUUACACGAAGGGUGCAGACCUCUAACUGGGUCCUCUGAGUUGGGGACAUUUGCACUACUGAUUGCAGCAUGAUUACUGACCCAAACUCCUUUCCUAGAGCUCAGGUCAGGACCAGGGUGGCCUUUCAUCCUGCAACUCACAGGCACUGCUCAGCUGGCUUAGAAAUCUGUGUUUGGAUUUAGGCACUUGUGAAAACCCAACCUUAUGGAAAAGGUGCUUGUGAAAAACCCAUUCCCCCUGUCUGUCUAGCAGCCCAGCCGGGAAAUUGUCAGUUUCUGACUCUGACGUUUGUUGUCAUGUCCCCCAAAAAUUUUGUUAUUCAGCUGAUUGUCAGAGGGGCAGGAAGUUUUUAUGAGGUCCCUCUUACUGUAGCUGAAGGGUGUGGGAAUGUCCCUAGAGUAAGAGUGCAGUGAAUAAAAAGGGGGAAGUCACACUCGAGGCAUCAGUCGCUCUUUCGUCCCGCUGAGCGUACAGCUGAGAUGAUGAUGGUCGCUUGCCUGCUCCUCUCCAGCAUCUGGACCAUUACAUCAGCCUCUGUGCAGGUGAUGAACAGAAGAGUCCAGUCGGUCCAGGCAGGGGGAAACGUUACUUUUUCAUGCCAGUCAGUCACAAAAGAAGAUGUGAUACAGGUGACCUGGCAGAAGGAGACGGAUGGGCCUGAAGACAACAUAGCGACUUACAGUACAAUGAAGGGCCAGAAGAUAGCCAAGGGCUAUGUCAGCCACGUGAGCUUCGCCCACAGCGAGUUACAAGCCUCGGCCAUCUCCCUCCAUGGAGUCACCCUCCAAGACGAAGGAUGCUACAAAUGCAUCUUCAACACGUUUCCCUCGGGGGCUGUCACUGGCAGGAUGUGUCUCAAGGUUUACGCCAUCUUGGACCCCAAAGUGGAAGCUAAACUUAUACCCAAUCCAGAUAAAGCUGAGGACUCUGAGAAAGUGGUGGGGAUAAGCUGCUCAGCAACAGGGAAACCGGCUCCAAAAAUAACCUGGCACCUUCCCAGCAUCCUGCAGCAGAAGCCAAGGGAAUAUCACAUCAAGUUCAGCAACCAGACCGUGACUGUCAUCAGCAAUUUCACCCACACUCCCUCCAAAAUCCUCCAUGAGUACCCCAUCGCCUGUGUGAUCCAACACCCUUCUCUAAAUGUGACCCUGGUCCUGCCCAGGGACAGCCUGGAGCAAGGUCCGGACAGCACCGUGGCACCCACUAUUGCCAUUGCAGUGGGAGUACUGGUCCCCCUGACUUCCCUCCUCCUUCUCACCUGUCUCCUCUGCCACUGCCUCAGGCACUCACGUGACCUGGAGAUAAACCCAGCCUGGCCAUGCUGGGUACUUCCUGCCUGUAGCAAGGCCAAGAAGUGCAGGCAGUAUGGAGCUGCAGGCAGGUGGGAUCCUGUGGUGUCCCCCAGCCCCAGUGCACCACUGAACACCUGAGAAACUACCCACACUACACAUGCAAGAGGGAAACUCUUACAACGGCACCUCAAGCUUCCAGGCAAACCUGCUGUGACUCUUUCCAAGAGUAAUACAGAAAAGGACAAUUUAUAAUAGAUAUUUAUUUAUUUUGUUACACUAUAAUAUUCCGUUUUGUAGGAAAAAAGACGUAAAGUAUUUAUUUGAGAUUCAGGCUGGAUGUGU